CUUCAAUACGAGUCCGCAAAACCCCCGAAAGACUUCUGACCUUUCCCUCCCCAUCCUUCCCUCGCUCGUUCGCUCCCCGUCCCCCUCCGUCCUCCUCGCGCAAACCCUAGCGAUGGCCGAUCCGGCGGUCUCCGAUCCUCCGCCGCCUCCCGCCUCCGGCCCCGACCCCGUCGUUCAGGCCGACUUCGAUUGCCUCCCGAUCCCGCCCCUCGAUCCCCUGUUCUUCUCCGAGGGCGCCGACCCCGACUCCAGCUCGAUCGGCGGCGGCGCGCCCCAGCCCUUCGAUUCCCAUCUCGCCUUCGACUUCGGCUUCGGGGACAAUGGGGACUUCGAGUUCACCUUCGACGGCCUCGGCGAUCUCUACCUCCCCGGCGAGGACGAGUCCUUCCUCAUCCCCUCCCCCGCCGAGAACCCCGAGCAGAUCAAUUGCGAGUCCGGUUCCUCUGGAAUCUCCGGCGACCGGGCGUCCGCAGAUGUCGCCGGGUACUUGAAUUGCCCGCCGGCGGAGUCUGGUAGCUACCGAUCGGGCGAUCAGAGGGCGAGUCCUGAGAAUUUGUCCAACGUUCCGUCGCCGGACUGCGAUGUCUCCGGUGAUCGGCAGUUUUCGGGUGGUCCGGUCUCGUCGCAGGGGUCGGGGAAUGGAGGAGGCUCUGGCUUGUCGGACGAUACCAAUCCUCCUUCGCCAUGUUCCGGAAGCUUCGAACGCGAUGUUUCUUCCAAAUUGGCCGCCGAUGAGAAGGUGAAAGCUGAGGAGGAGAUAUCUAAUGCCUUUCUGGCGAAGCGGAAGAAGGUGCAGGAUGAUACAGUCUCUGAAACUCGGAGCAUUAAGUACAGGCGAUCAGCAGAGGCCGCGGUCAGUGUGAAUGAUUCGCAAUGCAACGACGAGGACGAAGGGAAAAAGAAAGCGAGGUUGAUGAGGAACCGCGAGAGUGCGCAGCUCUCGAGACAGAGGAAGAAGCAUUACGUGGAAGAGCUUGAGGAGAAGGUGAGGUCCAUGCACUCCACUAUUGCGGAAUUGAAUGGCAAAAUAUCGUUCUUCUUGGCUGAAAAUGUCAGCUUGAGACAGCAAUUGGGUGGUGGCGGAAUGUGUCCGCCUCCAGCACCGGGUAUGUACCCUGCGCCUCCGAUGGGGCAUAUGGCUUAUCCAUGGGUUCCUUGUGCACCUUAUGUCAUGAAACCGCAAGGAUCGCAGGUGCCUUUGGUCCCAAUUCCUAGAUUGAAACCUCAACAGCCUGUGUCGGCUUCCAAAGCAAAGAAAGUUGAGACUAAAAAGAGUGAGGGUAAAACUAAGAAGGUUGCCAGUGUGAGUUUUCUUGGUCUGCUGUUUUUUGUUUUGCUUUUCGGAGGUUUGGUUCCAAUGGUGAAUGUCAGGUUCGGUGGAAGCGGGGAUACAGGUGCUGGCAGGUUUAACUACUUAAAUGAUAGGUAUUAUUAUCAUCACAAAGGUCGGGUUCUGGCUGUUAAUGGACAUAUGAAUGGUACUUAUUAUGGCACUGGAAGAGGGUCUUCCGGUGGAACAUACGGUACUGGUUGUAGUAGAGGCUGUGGUGGCAGGUCAGACUAUAAGAUCACGAGAAAAGAUAGAGAAUCUAUGCCCAACAUGAGCGAGCCUCUUGUUGCCUCUUUGUAUGUUCCUAGGAAUGAUAAGCUUGUGAAAAUUGAUGGCAACUUGAUAAUUCAUUCUAUUAUGGCGAGUGAGAAGGCUAUGGCAUCCCAUGCAUCCGGUGAAACAGAGAAUGAUGGGAUUACUGAUCCGACAACAAGGCAAAAUCUGGCCUCUGCAUUGGCUCUUCCUGAAAUUGCAAGGGCGAACUCCCAUACUUAUGGAAAACCAACCGAAAGGCAGAGGGCCCUUGCUUCUGGGAAUGGCGAUCCAUUGAAGGAGCGCAUGAAGUCAAAACCAGCAGAUGGAAAGCUGCAACAGUGGUUCCGUGAAGGCCUUGCAGGGCCUAUGCUGAGUUCUGGCCUGUGCACUGAAGUAUUUCGGUUUGAUGUCUCCUCCGCUAAAGGAGCCAUAGUACCUGCUUCUCCAGUUGGUAACGUGACUACUGAAAGUCGUCGGAACUCCACUCAUGCGGGCAAGGGGAGAAACAGAAGAUUCCUCCACAAUUUGCCCACCCGCCUUGCUGGGUCCAACUUCAACGUGUCGGAGGAGCGAGCGAGGAGGAACUCGAAGACUCGGGACCUUCCAACUAACAAGUCUCUUUCCUCGAUGGUGGUGUCUGUACUUGUGGAUCCCAGAGAAGCCGGAGACGGCGACGUCGAUGGCAUGAUGCCACCGAAGUCCGUGUCUCGCAUUUUCGUGGUGGUGCUAAUGGAUAGCAUCAAGUACGUGACGUAUUCCUGCGUGCUUCCGCGUGCCGGUCCUCAUCUGGUGACCACUUGAGGUGGAGGAGAGAAGUUCGAGAGUGGUGCGGCGACAACAUGCUGCUCCAACUCACAGUUUUGUAUAUAUGUCAGGGAGACGAGCUAAUAUGACGGUACUUUGAACCUCUUUACGGGGGUUCCUGGAAGCCGUUGAACCAUCUAAUUCUUGCUUAUCUUAUCGCUUCUCCGACCUCGAGUUCUAUGUUUAAGGGUGAUGGGAACUUGAGUUCUUUGGGUGGUGUGGUGGGAUGUUUUUCUAAUCAAUAGAAUAAGGCAAAUUCAGUUCGACGCACUCUUGUAUCUUCGUCAGCAACUGGAAGCUAUCGGCUAAAUGUAGUUUAUUGUAUCA